AUGUUACGCUUGUGGAAAUCUUUUGAGUGUUUCAGCCGUUCGCAUGAUAAACAGCAAACAACUCGGAAUUCCGAUCGCACCAACUCGGCCGUGGCUAUAACGAAGACCUCCGUGACAUGCUACAAGUGUGGUGCUGAUGGUCAAGUGGCAUCACGAUGCUCGAAAACGUGGCCAGUUGCAAGCGGCAGCACCCAGACUACCGCCACAUCCAGCGUAGUAAAACGAGUGGACGCAUGCGGCGUGAAACCUGUCACCGGGGUGAUCACUAAAUUUGGUGAGCAGUUUUCAUUUUGA